AAACCCUUCUCCGUUGAGAAAAAAAAAGUUGCCUUGGAGCGAUGAAAAAAUAAGUCAGUGAAGAAGAGGAAAAAAUGAAGACUUCGCCAAGAAUAACUCAGUAACUUAGAUAUCACAAAAGCUGUUAUAUAAUGCUCCUGCAGAGAUAUGUAGAUUAAUCAAUCUAGAGAUAAUGAAAGUUAGACAAGCGUGUUAAAGUUUGACGGGGUAGUUGAUAAUCAAGCUCAUAUUUUUCUUCUUCUGGAGUCAAAGUUGGCAUCGAUAGCCUAAUUUACUUGAGGCGGGUGCGGAAGGCUUUUCACCCGACAAAAAAAUAUGAGAGAUAGUCCGAUAAACCAUUAGAUUUUUUAACAAUAAUACUUUAUUUCUAUUUUACCGGGUUAUGUAGCGACCUAUACAUUUUAGGAGCAGUGGUACGAAACUCUAUUGGGGUUAGACUACUUUUGAGGAUAGUUUACAACACUGGGCCAGACGACAACCAUAGACAACCGUUGAAAGUAUUUUACGAAACGAAUCAUGUCUGCUGAGGAGGAGAGAUUCAAACUGGUCGUCGUGGGCGGGGGCGGUGUGGGGAAAAGCGCCUUGACCAUACAAUUCAUUCAGUCAUACUUUGUAUCGGAUUAUGACCCCACCAUCGAGGACUCCUACACCAAAAUAUGCACAGUGGAUGGGAAAGAGACACGAUUAGACAUCUUGGACACCGCAGGUCAGGAGGAGUUUGGGGCAAUGAGGGAGCAGUACAUGCGCUCAGGGGAAGGCUUCUUGCUGGUGUUCGCUCUGAAUGACACUGGCAGUUACAAUGAGAUCCACAAGUUCCACACCCAGAUACUGAGAGUGAAGGACCGGGAUGACUUCCCCAUGGUGCUGGUGGGGAACAAGGCUGACCUGGACCAGUCGAGAGCGAUCUCCAGAGAGGAGGCCCAGGGCUUUGCCAGAGAGAACAGGAUCCAUUACAUGGAGGCCUCGGCUAAGAACCGCUACAACGUAGACGAAGCCUUCCUGGAGGUGGUGCGAGCUAUAAGAAAGUUUCAGGAGACUGAGAGUCCCCCUCUACCUGCAAACCACACAGGAAAACGGAAGAGCGGUGGCUGCCCCUGCACCCUCCUUUAACUGCCCCCUCCCAUGGCAUAGCACUGUUGUCACAGAGACCAAAACCCCCUCACCUCACCACUGAUACAAGUCUUGUCUGACUUACCUGGAGGGAAAUGGGAGGAUUUGGCAAGGGAGUGGAGAGAUAUACACUUGGAAAUGCAAAAACUGUAUGGUGAGGUUUGGGGAAUUGGGCAGGGAUGCUUACGGCAAUGGUGGGCAAAGUGGUGGAGUGAUAUGUUUUCAUUCACACUUAUAAAUUAGCAUCUUCAAACUUUUUUUAUAUACUUUUUUUGUAAUUGUGGUAUUAUUUCAUUAUUGUGCAAGGAUGUAAAGGGAGAGGCCUUGGGCUAGAUGAGAAGAGAGUGAGAGAUGAGUCUAUAGACUGAUGAAAGAAAGAGUAGGGAUGGUAAAGAGUGAGAUCUCACAGAUACUGUGUUUUGGGUAGCUUCCUACAUUGGGUCAACCUGAUGGAAGUAACUGAUUUGACAUUGCUGGAAGGAAUGGAUAAUUUAGGAACUAGGGGGCGCUAUCAUUCAUACCUACAACAGAAAAUGAAAGGAGCCCAGUUAAACUGAAUCGACAAAUUAGAUUUUUAAGAGUGAAAGCUGAAGCAAAAUGAGAGUGAAAUGAUGUGUUUGAAAGACUGGUACUUUUCACAGUGUGGUAUACAUCACCACAGAAUAUAUCAUAUUUUUUUGCACAACUUCAAUGUAGGCAAAAGUAGUUUGACACUAAAGUGCUAUUGUUUAUUUUAAAAUGACUGGGUGGCUGUUUAGGCAUGUCCAGGUUCUUUUGUCUGUGCAUACAGGUGUAGGCCUGCUUUUUAAGUCUUUUUUUAUUGUUAUGCUCUUUGCAAAUGUUUAAAUGUCACACCGCUACCAACCAUGUACAUCAAUGAGUUCGUUUUUGAAUGGUAUUAAAUGAAUGAGUCAAAGCUAAUGAAAAUCUGUUGAAAAGCUUCAGACAAGGCAUCAACUGUCGAAAACUAUUGAUGAAAAACAGAAAGUGACAGAAUAUGGGUAAGUUGACAUAUAAAUACAUCCCAAGAUUUACGCCCAUUGGUUGAGAGAGAUGGUGAUAAUUCCAAGAGUGAGCCCAUAGGCUGAACAGCAAGCAUGAGGAAUGUGCAUUACUGUGCGGUGCUGAUAGGCUAUACGGUAAAUGGGUGAAUUACAUUCCGGACGUAGGCUAUACGGUAAAUGGGUGAAUUACAUUCCGGACGUAGGCUAUACGGUAAAUGGGUGAAUUACAUUCCGGACGUGGCUAAUAGGAAAAAGAAGACGCUAUGCUGAUAACACGUUCGUAUUCAUUCCCACUAUGUCAAUACAAUAGGAAGCUAUGUAAGUUAUGUUUUGCUUACUUGAAGUUACCCGAGCAGUCAGACCAGCCUUCCUGAUUUAACUUCUGUAAACUACACGUGUCUGUCAUGAAAUAACUUGUUUGUUUAGAGAGGAUAUGUAGCACUGGUCUUGCAAACCUUCAUAUAGAUGUAAUUAACACAUGACAAUCCCUUGGGCGAUAUUUCACGCAAAGCAGGAUAGCCAUCUAACGUUCUGAAAUAUUCUGAAUCUGCUCCAAAUUUGUGAGUUGAGUCGGACUCAACUCUGACCCUAAAAAUAUUUGAGCUGUUUGAUUAAUAAUUUGAGUUAUUGAUGAUUGGUUCUCAAAGCUGGCUAUCUUAUUUUCUUUGUGAACGAGAACCGUGUUGAUGUUGGAUCCACAUUUGUCCCACAUUGUUCUUUACCUAAUUAUAAAAUAAUGCAUUGACUCUGCUAUUAAUGCAGUGUAAUAAACCACAAAAAAAGUAUUGUACUUAAAUCUGUUAUGUAGUUAUUUUUAACAGCAGAAAGCCGUUGGUAUUCUUAUACCAAUUAAUCUCAAACUAUAUCAAACUUGCAACCUGUAAUCCAUCAGUAUCUGCCAUGUGUAUUUUGUACUGAAAUAAACCAAAUACCUUUUGUACACGUCACAAUAAAAAAAAAAAACAUUAUUACUCUAA